AUGUCGGAAUUUUACCGUAGAAAUUUAGCCACAUUCAUUUUAUGCGGUUUAAUAGUGUUUUUGACUGUGUGGCACACGUUGUUCAUUGGUUAUACCCCGAGAAGCAAUAUUCAGAAACCCAUCGCCAUUACGGAGCAUCAUGAGAUGGAAAGAGCAGUAUAUAUUAUGCAAUCAGAAGUUGAGCCUCAUGCCUCGAAAGCUGGACUUGUGGAAGAAAUGGAGUUACUCAACGAAAAAAUAUCUUUGCUUAAAAAAAUUAACUUUGAUAAGCUAGGACCAGCGGAUUAUGCUGCUCAUAAGUUUGGAGGAGAAGUAUUAUGGGUAGCUUCCACGGUCCCAUCAGAUGCUUCUGUUGGAAGCAAAAUUAGAAGUAUGAUUUCUUCGUUUUUCGACAAUUACGAUCGCAUGCAGUGUAUUAUCAAGGGUUGUGAGUAUUGCUAUGUUUUGCACAGCAGCUCUGGCUCUAUAGUCUUCAAGUUAGUUACGAGCAUAUAUCUGAGUGCAAUAACGAUCGAACAUAUUCCACAGCAAGUAAUACCGUUCGAAACAGACGUUUAUAGUGCUAUCAAAGAGUUUUCCAUUUGGGGCAUGAGUACUAGUAAAGCGAAGAAGGUAUAUCUCGGCACAUUUUUGUUUGAUUAUGCCAAUUCUUUUCUGCAAACAAUGUAUGUGAAAUCUGAAUUGGAAACACCUAGCUUUCAAUUCAUUCAGCUUGACAUUCAUUCGAACUAUGGCGAAAGCUACACGUGCAUCUAUCGUAUACGAAUUCACGGCACACCCGCUAAGUGA